AUGGACUCCGAGUUCCCUCUUUUCCCUCUUUUCCCUCAAGAGAUCCAAGCACUCAUCUGGGACGCUGCUGUCCGACCAAUCCCAGACCGACGUGGGGUGCAGAGAUUCAUCUUCUCCGGCCACGACAUCGGACGGGCCAGUUCACGAUAUCCGUAUGUCUCAAAACCUCUUAACAUUAACCGUUACGGCCGGUUAGUUGGAGGGUUCUCAAUUUCUGUUCCUCUCGAUGAUCCAUAUGGCGGCCCUAAUGACUCCGUGUACGAGCUGGACGGCGGGCUUUGGACGGCAUGUACUGCAUCUCGCGCUGCGAUGGAACGACGCUUUAACAAGAACGAGUGGUGGGUAGUUCCCGAACGCAGUCAAAGUUCGGGUCGCUCAACUACACUGGGUCGAUAUUUUGGCGAGGACAAUGUCAGUCAUUCGACGUCAUAUGUUGACGACACUGGACUCGUCAAGUAUAUCACCGUUGACUACGGCCAAGACCUCAUCUUUCUCGACCCCAGAGAUAUGGACUCAGUGAGCUGGUUCCAACUUUAUGUUAGGGAUCUUUGUGCUGAGGAUCGCACUCCUCUGGUCGACUUUCCCCGUUAUGACGACGAUGGGCCGAGAGCGAGCUUCAUUGGCCACGAUAUUGCCGUUGAAUUUGAUCCAAGGAUGAUGGAUGAGGUUUCCGGCAAACAGGCCCACUACUGCCGAAAGGACCUAGGCCUGUCAAUGUCACUGUAUGACAUGGUUGAUGUUUUUCACGACCGUGCAAAGAGAAGAUUUUGGUUCGUUGACUACAGGCUUCAACCACUUUCUGCUGCCUCUACCAAAAUUCAGGGUCGAGAGAGAUUCUACACUAGCAAUGCGGUGCUUAUAGAAGUUGACCCAAAGGACUUGAACUCAUCUUGGAUCACUGUUACUGAAAACGUCGAGCCUAAUGUCAACAAGCAAACGGUUUUCGAAUUUUUCCAUGACUUGGGGGUCGGGAGGCUGCAAACACAUUUCUCUGGCCGCCUGCGGGCCUUAGCGUACUAUCCUCUAUCUGAGGAGGCGAAACGGCCCCUAGUGCAGCUUCAGAGGGCUCAAGAUCCAUCGUGUCCGACUUGCUUUCCGAAGGAAGAACCAGUUCGGCAUAUAAGGCCGAGGCCGUGCACAGAUCAGGAGCAUAAUAGCUUGGACGACAGUCGCUGA